AUGGGGAAAAAAUCUUUCUUGACUCUCCUAUUAGCAUGUGCAGUCUUAUCUCAUGCACUUAUGGCCUUGUCAGAAAAGAAUAUUGGAAAUAUGUUCGAUAACCGUAAAAUGACCAAAGAGGAUUCAUCGGAUAUUCAUAUUCGUAAAAAGUGUUUAAUUGAUAAAAUGCCACACAAACAUGUCGCAUCAAAAAUUCAAGGUGUUCCUAACAUUGUCGAAGUUCAAAAAAAUUUUGUUACUGCUUGCGCUGGGAGUAUAUUAGCCUCCGCCAUCAUUUUAACUGCUGCCCAUUGUCUUUCAGCGAAAAAUGUUGGUUACUCCGUUCUCUCGUAUACACCAUUGAAAAAGUUUGGAACUCGCCACAGAUUUAUGAAGGUAAUAAAGCACCCAGACUAUAGACGACGUGAUUUUUCGAACGAUCUUGCCUUGAUCAAAAUUCUACCACAUAUCGACUUUCACUUUCAUGAGAAAAUUGAUCUAUUUCAUGGAUAUAUUUUUCCAUUUACUUAUGGCACUCUCAGUGGCUGGAAAUACAUUGACAAGACACCACGAAACCAAAAGAAAUUUUCUAUAAAAUUGAAGUCAACCCAUGUACCUAUAAUCAGCAGAGUGGAGUGUCGUAAGGCCUACAAGAAAAUAGCUCGCAUUACAGAUAAACAUGUUUGUACUCUUGAUAGAACUGGAAAACUAGGUUCUCGCGAAGGCGAUAAUGGUGGCCCUUUAAUUGUCAAAGGUCAACUACUAGGUGUUUUUUCUAUUCGUAAGGGGAUUAUAGAUGGACGAACGCCAGAUGUUUUUGUUAACCUUAAUGAUCCUGCCAACAAGGCUUGGGUCCUUACAACCAAAGAAGAACUUUUAGCCUAA